AUGAAUACCGAAUCACCGGUUGCGCCUCCACUUUUUGUCCCUCCCGAUGCAAUAUCCUCGCAUUGCGUUGCAUUCCUCAAGAAAGUCAACGAGAAAUACGGACUUGCGCUAGAUUCAUACUUUGACCUCUACCAAUGGUCUACUGAUCGCAUCGAUUUAUUCUGGGAGACCGUGUGGGAUGACGUCGCUAUUGUCGGUUACAAAGGGCAAGAUGUCGUCGAUAAUAAUACUCUCCCAGCGGUAAACCCACCAUGGUUCAGCGAAGCGAGGAUUAAUUGGGCUGAGAAUAUGCUGACAUGUCGUUCGGCAGAUAAAUUCGCGCUCAUACAAGCAACUGAGCCCACCUCCGAGUGCCCGAAUCCCCCUCAUCAGCGCGUCACAUAUGCUGAACUUUACGUGUUGGUUGCUGACCUGGUUUCAGCCUUGCUGAUGCUCGGUCUGAAGCCCGGGGAUCGAGUGGCUUCGUACUCAUCGAAUUGUAUUGAGAAUGUCAUCGCUUGUCUCGCUGCCACUGCCAUAGGGUGCAUCUGGGUCAGUGCAGCAGCAGACUUCGGGACCCAGGGAGUAUUAGAGCGAUUUGAGCAAAUACAACCUCGAGUGAUUUUUGCGGUCGAUGCCGUCGUGUACAACGGAAAAGUUCAUCCUCAUUUACCAAAGCUGCAAUCUCUUCUUUCUGGACUCUCCGAGCGAUGUUCGCUGAACCCAGUCGUGAUCGUCAUUCAGUCAGCAAGGAAUGUGUCCGGAUGGAACACCGACUGGGUCUCGUGGGACACGUUCAUUUCGAAGGGCAAGUCCAGCUCUUUAGGCCGUACUUCCGAAGGACAAAUUGAGUGGUGUCGUCAAAGUUUUGAUUGGCCAUUGUGGAUACUUUUUAGUUCGGGCACAACAGGUGUACCAAUUGUGCACCGGGCUGGCGGCAUGUUGUUACAAGCAAAGAAAGAAUUCGUAAUUUGUGCAGACCUGCGCCCUGAAGACGUCUUUUUUUAUUACACCACAACAGGAUGGAUGAUGUGGAAUUUCUUAGUGAGUGGUCUCAGCGUCGGAUGUACGCUAGUGCUCUACGAUGGAAGUCCUCUGAGGGAGCCCUCUUAUCUGUGGCAUCUCGUGGAUGAACUACAAAUAUCAAUUUUCGGAACGAGUGCGAAAUAUUUGGAUCAAUUAUCGCGGAUAGGCUACAAGCCUCGUGAUCAUCACAACCUGACUUGCUUGAGGCAUAUUUACUCGACUGGUUCACCAUUAGCCCAUGCGCUCUUCGACUACGUUUAUGAAUGUAUCCACCCCAACGUGCUUCUCGCAUCCAUAACAGGAGGCACGGACAUCUGCUCACUCUUUGGCGGGAUGUGUUCUGCACUCCCGGUACAUCGUGGGGAAAUCCAAUGUCGUAUGCUGGGAAUGGCAAUCGAAACCUUCACUCAAGACGGGCAUAACUGUCAAGCUGGCGAGGCUGGCGAGUUGGUAUGCGUUAGACCAUUUCCAUGUAUGCCCAUUGGAUUUUGGCCCCUGCCUGGUUUCGGGACGGAUGAGAAUGUCCAAGCUGCAGCAGAGAGGUUUCGUCUAUCCUAUUUUGCUGAAUACAAGAACAUGUGGUAUCACGGGGACCACGUGCUGAUCACACCUUCUCAGCAUGGAAAUGGAGGUGGACUCAUUAUGCUAGGAAGAAGCGAUGGCGUUCUAAAUCCUGGAGGGAUCCGAUUCGGAUCGUCUGAAAUAUAUAACGUUCUUGAGACGUGCUUCUCGUUUUCUGAAGAACGGAGCGCGAACGACGCAAAUAUCGAGGAUGCACUGGUUGUGGCACAAUCCGUUGAAGGCGGCGCAGAUGAGCGCGUGAUCCUGUUCGUUAAACUUUGUGGCAAGCAGGCACUAUCGAUAGAAAUGGAGCAGAAGAUUAGAUCCGAAAUAAGAUCACGACGGAGCCCACGCCAUGUUCCUGCUCGAAUAAUCCAAGUCGACGAUAUCCCAUACACCUUGAACGGGAAGCGCGUAGAGAUCCCAGUUAAAAAGAUCAUCAAUGGAGCCCACAUCUCGAGUGUGAAUUCUGCUACACUGCGAAAUCCUGAAUGUCUCGCUCAGUUUGCAAGCAUCGGAGAGAUGCUCCGAAAAGAGAUAUCGAUGGCUGUGAAACGUUGA